CAUUACUUUAAAACUCUGCCAUCAAACUUAGUUAUUCAACGUUCAUCCACAGCAUUGGUUUAGUUCUUCUCCGGGCUAGAAAAAAUUUCCAGCAAUAUGUCGCCCAGGACUUCUUGGAUCUUUUCCAUAGGUGUUUUCUAUUCGUGCAUAUUCACCUAUUUGGGUCUACAUCAUUUCAUCAAGAUAUGUAGCAAAUCUACGAUAAAUUUGAAAAGUCUGACGAAGAUUCGGUUACCAAGGAUUUUGUGACUUUUGUAAAAUCUGGAGAGGCAUCGUAUCAUGCAAUGUCUUUGAUUGGUACAGUCACAAUGGUAAUUUCUUCGCUUAUGCUGAUGAUAGGUGUGAGCAAGGACAAACAUAGCUUCUUUGUCCCCUGGCUUAUAUGUUCCUGGCUGAAUGUAAUCUACGAUAUUUUGGCCACAUACUUUAUGGCAUACUUCGAAGAGAGAUCGGAACUGUAUGUUUUGACUACAGUUUUCGUUAUUGCCUUGUGGUAUCCGGUGUAUUACCAAUACAAGAGUCUGCGAAUGUUUAAACAUAGACCAGUUGUCAUUGCAAGUUCCCUGGAAAAGGUUGGCAACUCAAUGCACUCAAAAAAUCGAUCGGUUAUUGAGCCCGUUUAAAAGAGCUUUGAAAAAAAUAUUGAAUAAUGUCGAAAUGGACAAAAUAAAUUUUGAAUGAAAAAAUGCGUGGAUUAU